GAAGCAGGUUGCCUUUUAAAACUCAGCCGGGAAACCGUAGAACCAAAACAAACGUAAUUUUUGCUGUUUCACUUUAGUGGUGAAAGAAAAGCUUGAGAAAAAGAAAAAACCUGCAAAACGCUAUAAACAUGGACACAAUGAUUUAUCUGGAUCAGGAGAACGGCAGACUGACCACUACAGGUGUGAAAUCUCGUCAGAACAGACUGCACUCUGCUCCAGAUCAGUGCUUGAAAACACCUUUGACAGGCAAGGUUCGUCUUGGUGCUCCUGUGCAAUCCAGCCGAAAAGCUUUGGGAGUUGUUAAUAAGAUUGUUGCCCCCUCAGCAGCUUCUGUUAAAGCAGAGGAGAAAGCCAAACCUGCCGAAGCAAAGUGUAAGGCAUCUUCUCGGCCUGCUGCUGAAGAGUAUCCAGAGAUCGAGAAGUGUUUCCCAUAUGAUCCAAGUGCGUUUGAGAAGUAUGGCGUUCCAGAUGAAGUCUACCUCAGUCGUUUUUCUCUGGCUGGUCUGAGAAAACAGCCGUGGCCGACUGCCUCACCUGUGGAUGAGUUGCUUUUGGUGGACCCAUGCUUGCCACUUUCACCUCUAAAGAUGCCCAAAGAAGCAGAAUUUGUAAAUGAAAUGGAGGCCUUUCUACAGACGAUCGACAAGCUGACUGUUGACUUUCCUCCGGAGUCUGAAUUCUGAAUGUUUUAUCUGUACUUUU